AUGGCGGAGGUUGAGUAUGGGCCGACAUGUAUGGCCCUUAGGGCCCAUUCGUGGAAACUUGACGUUCCCCCGAAGAUCCAACAUUUCUUCUGGCAGGUUGCCUCGGGCUCUCUUCCAGUGCUAGAACGGCUUGUGCAUAGGGGUGUCCGGUGCGAUCCUUUGUGUAAACGAUGUGAGUCUGCACCAGAAACUAUAAAUCACGCUCUUUUUGAGUGUCCUCGUUCGCGUGAUGUCUGGGCACUGUCCUCGGUUUCGUCAGUUCCAGACGGCUUCCCAUAUGGUUCAAUCUAUGCAAAUUUAGAUUUUAUCUUCUGGCGUGCGACUUCCCAAUCAGGGGAUCCUGAUAUAGCCUCUCGGCUUCCCUGGAUUUUAUGGUCAUUAUGGAAAGAUCGGAAUAAAAAGGUUUUCCAGGGUUUAGCGGCUGAGCCGGUAGAUAUAUUAAAUCAGGCGCAUAAUGAUAAAUUGUUAUGGGAGGAGGCCAAAUCUUUCUCGGAGAGUUAUCUGCAUCCUCCGGCUGUGUUGGAGGACAGGGGGCCUUUCCCUCGGUGUCAGAUUGAUGGGUCAUGGAAAGGUUUAGACCCUCUACAGGGUUUGGGUUGGUGGUGCUUUAGUAGUGAAGACUCGACGCUUCUUCUCGGUGCACGGAGUAUUAGACGGGAUCCUACAUCCUUACAUGCAGAGUUACAAGCGUUGAUCUGGGCCAUGGAGUCCUUGUUGGCGGCUGGAGUUGACUGUCAGAUCUUCGAGACGGAUUGUGCAGAACUAGUAGCGAUGAUGCAGAUGCCUGAUGAUUGGCCCGCUUUUUCGAACCUAUUGGAGGAGUUUCUCUUGCUCAAAACAUCAUUUCCUUCCUUCGCUCUCACCAAGAUUCCUCGUGACCUCAACGUUAGAGCAGAUUGUCUUGCCCGUUAA